CCCCCUCGGCGUUGUCCAACACUAGGCAGCAAAACGUUUUCAUUGAGGCGAUAUUUUUUUGUUGUUUCCUUCGUUUUUCGGCGAAAUUUUGUUUUUAAAUUAAUUAUACCCCGCUCGCUCGCUGGCGCCCACGAUGUCCGAUGACGACGAUAUACAGUACAUCAAGCGGCAGCGCACGCUGCACUACGGGUCGCUCGAGGAGUCGGAGCGAAAGCGGCAAAAUGCCGCGGCGUCUGGGGCGACGGCAGCAACAACAACAACGGGAACGCCGGCAUCGUCUGGUGCAGAAACCAGAACAACAACAAGCACAGGCGGCCAACUGGAGGACAUAGAUUCCGAUGAGGAUUACGAGGAGUCCACGAAGAAGACGGGCAACUCGAAGCAGGCAGGAGCCCCGCUGCCCACUGCCGCCACACUGGCCAACAAAAUCGACGAUGACUACUUCGACUUGGAGAUGGAAAUGGAGCGCGACAAGGUGGCGCUCCUCGAGGAAUUCGAGCGCAAGAAGCGGGCGCGCCAGAUCAACGUCUCCACGGACGACACGGAGAUCAAGAGCAAUCUGCGCCAGCUGAACGAACCCAUUUGCUACUUUGGCGAAGGACCAGCAGAGCGGCGGAGGCGUCUCAAGGAACUCCUCGCUGGCCUGGGCGAGCACGCCAUCAAUAAGAAGCACUACGAGGAGGAGGAGCGCAAGCAGCAGCAGCGCGAGCAGGACCAGGCCACGUGGUACCACGAGGGACCCGACACACUGCGAAUUUCCCGCCUCUGGCUGGCGGACUACUCCCUGCCGCGGGCCAAGGAUCGCUUGGCACGGGCACGCGAAGCCCUCGAGGUGCCCAGUGCCACGCGGGCUGGUCGGAUGGUGGAGAUGCAGAAGAAGCUCCAGUCGCUGGCUCCACUCUGCUCGCAGGUGGGCGACACACGGCCCGUGAGCAGUGCCGCCUUCAGCGCAGACUCCACACUCCUGCUGACCGGCUCGUGGUCGGGUCUCUGCAAGCUGUGGAGCGUGCCCGACUGCGAGCUGAAGCAGACGCUACGCGGACACGCCAGCUAUGUGGGCGGAGUGGCACUGCGGCCAGGAGUCAAGGCGGACGAGGAGAACGUGGUGGCCAUGGCGUCCGGCGGCCACGAUGGCGCCGUCAAGCUGUGGGGCUUCAACAACGAGGAGUCUAUCGCCGACAUAACCGGUCACAUGCCGCAUCGCGUCUCCAAGGUGGCCUUCCAUCCAUCCGGCCGUUUCUUGGCCACCGCCUGCUACGACUCCAGCUGGCGGCUUUGGGAUCUGGAGCAGAAGACAGAGGUGCUGCAUCAGGAGGGACACGCCAAGCCAGUGCACUGCCUAAGCUAUCAUUCGGAUGGCAGUGUCCUGGUCACCGGCGGACUGGACGCCUUUGGGCGGGUGUGGGAUCUGCGCACUGGGCGCUGCAUCAUGUUUCUGGAGGGCCACCUGGGCGCCGUUUUCGGCGUGGACUUUUCGCCAAAUGGAUUCCACAUUGCGACGGGUUCUCAGGACAACACCUGCAAAAUCUGGGACCUGCGGCGACGCCAGCCCGUCUACACCAUUCCCGCCCACACCAACCUGAUUUCGGACGUGAAGUACCAGCAGGAGUGCGGCAGCUUCCUGGUCACCUGCUCCUACGACUCGACCACCAAGAUCUGGUCCAACAAGACGUGGCAGCCGCUGAAGACGCUGCAGGGCCACGACAACAAGGUCAUUUCGGUGGACAUCGCCUCCAACUCGCAGUAUAUAGCCACCACCUCGUUCGACCGCACGUUCAAGCUGUGGUCGCCGGAUAGUUGAUUUUGAUACCAUUACUUUAUUGUACUCGCCUGUGAGCGCACGCAGACAAUCUCCAUUUGCGAUCUGCCCGACGGGCACGACCAACUCAUCCUCUGUUUUUGUUAUUUCAGAGACAAUAGCCCAAGACAGUUCUUGCAACCAUUUCAAGUUUUCGUUUUGUAUAACACAAUUUGUUGUUUUUGUUAGGCGAAAGGCAGAUGCAGCGAUGUUGCAUUUCGUAAAUUUAAGAUUUUUUAUUGAAAUUGUUAAUAAAAAACGCAUUUUUGGU